AUGGCUUCAGAGAGCGGCUUAAACGGAGAUGCAAAUAUAGUAGAAGAGGUUUCCGAGACUAAAAGAAGCAGAGAUGAAGAAGAAAAAGAAGACAAAGAAGUGAAGAAAAACAACAACGAAGAUCAUGAGAAAACGAAAACGGUGCCGUUUUACAAGCUUUUUGCUUUUGCGGAUUCUUUGGACUUCCUCUUGAUGACCCUGGGGACGCUUGGAUCUAUUGGAAACGGUCUAGGCUUCCCUAUAAUGACCAUACUGUUCGGAGAUCUAGUAGAUGCUUUUGGAGAGAACCAGAAUGACUCAAAUGUUGCCGACAAAGUUUCCAAAGUAUCUCUGAAGUUUGUAUGGCUUGGAAUCGGUACUUUUGCGGCCGCUUUUCUCCAGUUGUCUGGUUGGAUGAUAUCUGGAGAAAGACAAGCAGCAAGAAUAAGGAGUAUGUAUCUAAAGACAAUCUUAAGACAAGAUAUAGCCUUCUUCGACGUUGAUACAAAUACUGGUGAAGUCGUUGGAAGAAUGUCCGGUGACACUGUGCUAAUCCAAGACGCCAUGGGAGAGAAGGUGGGGAAAGCUAUACAACUUCUAGCAACAUUUGUUGGAGGCUUUGUGAUAGCUUUCAUAAGAGGAUGGCUUCUAACUUUAGUCAUGUUAUCUUCAAUACCUCUUCUUGUGAUGGCUGGUGCGGGUCUGGCUAUAGUCAUUGCUAGAACAGCUUCUCGUGGACAAACAGCUUAUGCUAAAGCUGCUGUUGUAGUUGAACAAACAAUCGGUUCCAUAAGAACGGUUGCUUCAUUUACUGGAGAGAAACAAGCUAUAAGCAAUUACAACAAACAUCUAGUCACAGCUUAUAAAGCAGGAGUCAUGGAAGGUGGUUCAACUGGAUUAGGACUUGGCACACUCUUUCUUGUAGUCUUUUGUAGCUACGCUUUAGCUGUUUGGUAUGGAGGAAAGUUGAUUCUUGAUAAAGGGUACACAGGAGGACAAGUUCUCAACAUCAUCAUCUCUGUUUUAACUGGAUCCAUGUCGUUAGGCCAAGCAUCUCCUUGUUUAACAGCGUUUGCAGCUGGACAAGCUGCAGCCUACAAGAUGUUUGAGACAAUAGAGAGAAGACCUGACAUUGAUUCUUAUAGUACAGAUGGUAAAGUACUGGAUGACAUCAAAGGAGACAUUGAGCUUAAAGAUGUCUACUUCACAUACCCGGCGAGGCCAGAUGAGCAGAUCUUCCGCGGUUUUUCGCUGUUUAUCUCGAGUGGUACGACCGUGGCCUUAGUUGGACAGAGUGGGAGUGGGAAGUCUACUGUUGUGAGUCUAAUAGAGAGGUUUUACGAUCCGCAAGCCGGUGAAGUUAUCAUAGAUGGUGUUAACCUAAAAGAGUUUCAGCUAAAAUGGAUCAGAAGCAAGAUAGGACUUGUGAGUCAAGAACCGGUUCUCUUCACUUCAAGCAUCAAGGACAACAUUGCCUACGGUAAAGAAGACGCUACACUAGAAGAGAUCAAAGCGGCUGCUGAGCUUGCAAACGCCUCCAAGUUUGUUGAUAAGCUUCCUCAGGGUUUGGAUACAAUGGUUGGAGAACACGGCACUCAGCUUUCGGGUGGGCAGAAACAGAGGAUCGCUGUGGCAAGAGCCAUUCUUAAAGAUCCAAGAAUCUUGCUUUUGGACGAAGCUACAAGCGCGCUUGAUGCAGAGUCAGAGAGAGUGGUUCAAGAAGCGCUUGAUAGGAUCAUGGUUAACCGGACUACAGUAGUAGUUGCUCACCGGUUAAGCACGGUGCGAAAUGCUGAUACUAUCGCUGUGAUUCAUCAAGGAAAGAUCGUGGAGAAAGGCUCUCACGCUGAGCUACUCAAGGACCCGGAAGGUGCUUAUUCUCAGCUCAUACGUCUUCAAGAAGAUAAGAAACACGAAGAGAAGAAACCCGAAGAGUUGUCAUCAAUAGAAUCAUUCAAACAAUCUAGUUUGAGAAAAUCAUCUCUAGGGCGGUCUCUAAGCAAAGGAGGAUCAUCUAGAGGAAACAGCAGCCGCCACUCUUUCAACAUGUUUGGUUUUCCAUCAGGUAUUGAAGGAAACGACGUCGUUCAAGAUCAAGAAGAGCCCAAGACCAAACCAAAGAAAGUAUCUAUCCGUAGAAUCGCUGCUCUAAACAAACCAGAGAUCCCCGUUCUCAUACUCGGAACAAUCUCAGCAGCAGCAAACGGAGUUAUACUUCCUAUCUUCGGUAUACUAAUCGCAAGCGUGAUCAAAGCCUUCUUCAAACCGCCUAAGGAGCUUAAAGAAGACACGAGCUUCUGGGCCAUUAUCUUCAUGGUUCUUGGUUUCGCUUCCGUCAUCGCCUACCCAGCUCAAACCUUCUUCUUUUCUAUCGCUGGUUGUAAGCUAGUGCAGAGGAUAAGGAGCAUGUGUUUUGAGAAAGUGGUUCACAUGGAAGUUGGAUGGUUUGAUGAGUCAGAGCAUUCUAGUGGAACUAUUGGAGCGAGGCUAUCGGCUGAUGCAGCUGCGAUACGUGGUUUAGUGGGAGAUGCUUUGGCUCAGAUGGUUCAGAAUCUGUCGUCUAUAUUGGCUGGGUUGAUCAUUGCGUUCUUGGCUUGUUGGCAGUUGGCUUUUGUCGUUCUUGCCAUGCUUCCUCUUAUUGCACUCAAUGGGUUUCUUUACAUGAAGUUCAUGAAAGGUUUCAGUGCAGAUGCAAAGAAAAUGUAUGGGGAAGCGAGUCAGGUAGCGAAUGAUGCGGUUGGGAGCAUAAGAACAGUAGCUUCGUUCUGUGCGGAAGACAAAGUGAUGAACAUGUACACAAAGAAGUGUGAAGGUCCUAUGAAGACAGGGAUACGCCAAGGCAUUGUCAGUGGAAUAGGUUUCGGUGUUUCUUUCUUUGUACUCUUCGCUUCUUACGCGACCAGCUUCUAUGUGGGGGCACAACUUGUCGAUGACGGCAAGACAACCUUCGACUCUGUUUUCAGGGUUUUCUUUGCUUUGACGAUGGCGGCUAUUGCCAUUUCACAGUCGAGUUCGUUGUCUCCUGACUCCAGCAAAGCCGAUAUCGCUGCUGCUUCGAUUUUCGGGAUUAUCGACAGAGAAUCGAAGAUUGAUCCAAGUGUAGAAUCUGGAAGAGUGUUGGAUACUGUUAAAGGAGACAUUGAGCUUCGUCAUGUUAGUUUCAAAUACCCAUCAAGGCCUGAUGUUCAAAUCUUCCAAGAUCUUUGUCUAAGUAUUCGAGCUGGAAAGACUGUUGCUUUGGUUGGAGAAAGCGGGAGCGGGAAGUCAACGGUGAUCGCUUUGCUACAGAGGUUUUACGAUCCAGACUCAGGCGAGAUCACUCUCGACGGUGUAGAGAUCAAGACCCUGCGACUAAAAUGGCUCAGACAACAAACGGGACUCGUGAGCCAAGAACCGAUCUUGUUUAACGAAACGAUCAGAGCCAACAUUGCUUAUGGAAAAGGCGGAGACGCGAGUGAAUCCGAAAUCGUAUCAGCAGCUGAACUAUCAAACGCCCAUGGAUUCAUCAGUGGUCUACAACAGGGUUACGAUACGAUGGUUGGAGAAAGAGGAAUACAGUUAUCAGGCGGGCAAAAACAACGAGUGGCCAUAGCGCGAGCCAUCGUCAAGGAUCCUAAGGUAUUGCUACUUGAUGAAGCUACUAGCGCUCUAGACGCAGAGUCUGAACGUGUGGUUCAAGAUGCGCUUGACCGGGUUAUGGUGAACCGGACUACGAUUGUGGUGGCUCACCGGUUAUCCACGAUUAAGAACGCGGAUGUAAUUGCAGUCGUUAAGAACGGAGUUAUUGUAGAGAAAGGGAAGCACGAGAGUUUGAUCAAUAUCAAAGACGGAGUUUAUGCUUCGUUGGUGCAGCUUCAUCUCAGUGCUGCUUCUUAAAGCAUAUCUUUUAUGUUCAUUCGUUUUUUUUUGGUUAAUUAUGCUAUGUAUUGAUGAACAUUGUUAUUCAAUGAUUGGUUUUAAAUAUUUUAUUGAAAUCUAAUGUUAUUGGUUAUUGUAUUUAAAAUGUAUUUAUUUAAAGAUCUUAAAAUCUAGUGUUGUUGGUUCUUAUUAUAUUUAUAAUCUAUUCAUUAGAAAGUUUUGAAAUCCAAUGUUAUUCAAUAAAAGAUUUGCAUACAAUAUUUGAAAUCUUGUGUUAUACAUAUUUGAUAAAUUUAAACAAUCCAUUUAACGUGAAAUAUAUUGAAUCUAAUACCAUGUAUAAAUUUUAUCAAUCAAAAUCCAACCUUUUACUUUAUAUUUUAUCAUCAUUUUUAUUAGCAAUUGUCAUCACAUUAUUGAAAAAGUUACUCUGCAAAUAUUAUCACUACGCAUUGAUUUUCUCAAACAUAAAACCCAUACUUUUUUUGAGAGAAUGUUUUUCUUAUCCUUAACCAAAACUAAAUUAUUCUUAUUCACAUGAUGUGUAGAAUAAUUUGGUUUUGGUCAAGGGAUAAGCAAAAAAUUCUCUCAAAAUGGGAUGCAAUAAUAGCUAAAGAGGCAUUGAACAAAAUUCUAAAGGAAGAAGCAGCAAAAGUACAUGUUGGAGAUAUAUUACAUCAUCCUUUCAUCGCUGUAUAAAAGUUUAUUUUUUCUCUCUCAAACAUAAUCUUAUACUAGGUGCUUAUUUAUUCUAAUAAUAUGCUUAUGUUUUGCUCAUAUGAGUCCACACACAUUGAAUGCUAUAUGAUCUUCGGGUUGGUCCUAAAUCAAUUUAUCAGUUGUUGAUUGUACAUCAUUUGGGCACUCUUUUGUUUCUCGAGAUUAUGACAUUUUGCUUCCUUAGAAACCUGGUAGAAAAUAAGAGUUGAAUGCAAAUGUUUAUUUCAUCAAUUCCACAACUAAUUUUACCAUUUGCUUUAAAAGGAAUAGAAUUCUAAUUCCAUCAAUUCCAUACAAAAUUAAACAAAAUUCAAAGAAAAGUAUUAGCGUUUUAUAGUUACAUCUAAGUGGAAUGGUAAAGUUUUUUUUUUUUGUGAUCCUUUGUGUUUUUUUUUCCUUUUUGCCUUUGGUUUAAUUAAACAAUUUCAUUCUGGUUUAUCUUAUAGUUAACUAAUCUUUUGGUUUGAUGGUUAUGUUGUUGGUAUGAUAAACAAUAUUUGUGCAGUUUGAUGAACGAGGUCGUUGAAGUAUGUCUUGCUGUUUAUUAUUCGUUAGAUGUUAAUGUUAUCAAUCCAAAGUUAUGUAAUCCCACAUUAUGACAUCAAUGGUACUUUUGAUGAGAAAGUUUCUUAUUUGGCUUUGGAAUACACAAGAUCUAAGCUACUAAUGUUAGAACAAGUAUUAUAGAUUUUUCAAUAAUAUCUAAGAGUUUAUAAUAUUAGAAACUCUUCUCAUUCUUUUCAGUUUGUUUACUUAUAUUAAUAUUAAGUUAAAAAUCAUUAAGAUAUUUUUAUUGUGCUUGAGAAUUCUCUUAAUUAACCUAACCUUUAUUAAUCUAAUCUAUUAAUUUAGAGUCCAAUAUUUUCUACUGAAAAACACUGGCGUGGGCGGGAAGCUGAAUAUCUAAAGAUAUAUGGAGAAAGCAAAGAAACACGCUAAGUUAGCGCAGAAGAUGGUUGACUAUGAAAAAUACUGGCGUAGGCGGAAAGCUGAAUACCUGAAGAUAUAUGGAGAAUAAGAAACUUCUCGGUUUCAUGCUUUGUCUUGUUUCAUGCAUGUGCUUUUUUUUUCAAGUGACUCCUCUGUUUCGCAUGUGCUUUUUUUUUUAAAGUGACUAAGUACUCAUGGCUCAGUUACUGAGAAUGAUCGUUGAAAAUUUGUUAACUCUCCCUACUAGUUUCAUCAAAUUGCAACAACAUCCAGUUCAUCUAAUUCUUUUGCUUUCUUGGUUUCCAAUAUCUACUGCACGUGUUAUUUCCUUUAUUUAUUUAGAAGCUCAAAGAUAUAGAUAUGUUUGAGAAUAAGAGUGUAAUGAUGAUGUUUCAUUUUAAGACAAUUUGUUGUAUCAAAAUAGCAAUGCUUUAUACAAUUUUCCAGUUUCUCCUUAUCAAUUCUUCCUAGGGACUUUAAUAUGAGCUCAACCUAACAGGGUUAGCCCUAACCCUACAAAUCCAUUUGUAACUCUAACCCUCAUUUUUUAAACAGGGUUUAAACAGGGUUGGCCCUAAUAGGAUCAGAGUUUAAAUUCUAACCCUUUUAUUUCGAUUCACACAACUAUUAUACAAUAUUUAAUAACGUUUUUCACUAAAAAAACUUAAAGUCGAGUUUUCUUGCUAAAAACUAAACAACGAAAUUUUCCGUCGAAACCGAAAAAUCGAGUUUUCAACCAAAACAACAAAAUUGAGUUUUCCCUCCAAAAACGCAAAAUCGAGUUUUUCGUCAAAACUUCAAAAUCGAGUUUUCCCACCAAAAAAUCAAAAUCGAGUUUUUCGCCAAAACCUCAAAAUCGAGUUUUCCCGUGAAAACGUAAAAUUAAGUUUUCUGGAAAACCCGUAAAACUCAAUUUCACAGUUUUGGCGGGAAAACUCGAUAUUCCGGUUUUAGUUUUGGCGGAAAAACUCGAUUUUGCGGUUUCGGCGGAAAAACUCGAUUUUGCGGUUUCGGCGAAAAACUCGAUUUUGCGGUUUCAGCGGGAAAACCCGAUUUGCCGGUUUCGGCGGAAAACUCGUUUUUUCUGUUUCGGCGGGAAAACUUGAUUUGCCGGUUUUGACGGGAAAACUCGAUUUGCCGGUUUCAGCGGGAAAACUCGUCUUUUAUGUUGCUUCUUAAAACAUAUCUUUUAUGUUUAUUCGUUUUUUUGGUUAAUUAUGCUAUGUAUUGAUGAACAUUGUUAAUCAAUGAUUGAUUUUAAAUAUUUUAUUAAAAUCUAAUGUUAUUGGUUAUUGUAUUUAAAAUGUAUUUAUUUAAAGAUCUUAAAAUCUAGUGUUGUUGGUUCUUAUUAUAUAUAUAAUCUAUUCAUUAGAAAGUUUUGAAAUCCAAUGUUAUUCAAUAAAAGAUUUGCAUACAAUAUUUAAAAUCUUGUGUUAUACGUAUUUGAUAAAUUUAAACAAUCCAUUUAACGUGAAAUAUAUUGAAUCUAAUACCAUGUAUAAAUUUUAUCAAUCAAAAUCCAACCUUUUACUUUAUAUUUUAUCAUCAUUUUUAUUAGCAAUUGUCAUCACAUUAUUGAAAAAGUCACUCUUCAAAUAUUAUCACUACGCAUUGAUUUUCUCAAACAUAAAACCCAUACGUUUUUUGAGAGAAUGUUUUUCUUAUCCUUAACCAAAACCAAAUUAUUCUUAUUCACAUGAUGUGUAGAAUAAUUUGGUUUUGGUCAAGGGAUAAGCAAAAAAUUCUCUCAAAAUGGGAUGCAAUAAUAGCUAAAGAGGCAUUGAACAAAAUUCUAAAGGAAGAAGCAGCAAAAGUACAUGUUGGAGAUAUAUUACAUCAUCCUUUCAUCGCUGUAUAAAAGUUUAUUUUCUCUCUCUCAAACAUAAUCUUAUACUAGAUGCUUAUUUAUUCUAAUAAUAUGCUUAUGUUUUGCUCAUAUGAGUCCACACACAUUGAAUGCUAUAUGACCUUUGGGUUGGUCCUAAAUCAAUUUAUCAGUUGUUGAUUGUACAUCAUUUGGAGACUCUUUUGUUUCUCGAGAUUAUGACAUUUUGCUUCCUUAGAAACCUGAUAGAAAAGAAGAGUUGAAUGCAAAUGUUCAUUUCAUCAAUUCUACAAUUAAUUUUACCAUUUGCUUUAAAUGGAAUAGAAUUCUAAUUCCAUCAAUUCCAUACAAAAUUAAACAAAAUUCAAAGAAAAGUAUUAACGCUUUAUAGUUACAUCUAAGUGGAAUGGUAAAGUUUUUUUUUUGUGAUCCCUUGUGUUUUUUUAUCCUUUAUAGGAGACCGAUACGAGGAAGGUGAUAUUACACCCAGGCCAAUGAUGAAGUUCAAGGCUGCUGGCGCUGAUGUUUGGGAUCCCAAAUGGGAUGCACAUCCUAUUGGCGGAGGUGCCAAAAAGAUGUUGACAAGAGAAGAGCUCUUCGAAAGAGCCAAUCCAGUAGAUGAUCCCCGCCCACUCCUCACGAUGAAGGACAUUCUCGAUGAUCUUCUGGAGCUUCGUAAGAAGUCUGAAGUCACCUCAGGUGACUUCGCAAGACAGCUGCAUGGGAGGGCAGCCACAAUCGACCUCUUCAGCAUCAAGGGUCCUAUCUGCGAAGAGGUUGUGGAGAAGCUUCAAAUGCUGUAUGGCCUCUGGGAAAGUGGUGAUGCAGACGACAAGAGAUCGACACCGAAGGAGGAUUACAUGGAGUGGUUCAAGAGAGAUAGACGCUUUCAAGGAAUUUAGGGAUCGAGCUUGAUUACUUUUUAUUAUAAAUCACGUCCUUAGUUGAAAUUUAUUACCAUUAGAACACAUAUUUUAUCAUUAACUGCAGUUUAAAGCAUGGAAUCAAAUUAUGGUUUGCCUUUGGUUUAAUUAAACAAUUUCAUUCUGGUUUAUCUUAUAUGUUAACUAGUCUUUUGGUUUGUUAGUUAUGUUGUUGGUAUGAUAAAAAAUAUUUGUGCAGUUUGAUGAACGAGGCCGUUGAAAUAUGUCUUGCUGUUUAUUAUUCGUUAGAUGUUAAUAUUAUCAAUCCAAAGUUAUGUAAUCCCACAUUAUGACAUCAAUGGUACUUUUGAUGAGAAAGUUUCUUAUUUGGCUUUGGAAUACACAAGAUCUAAGCUACUAAUGUUAGAACAAGUAUUAUAGAUUUUUCAAUAAUAUCUAAGAGUUUAUAAUAUUAGAAACUCUUCUCAUUCUUUUCAGUUUGUUUACUUAUAUUAAUAUUUAGUUAAAAAUCAUUAAGAUACUUUUAUUGUGAUUGGGAAUGCUCUUAAUUAACCUAACCUUUAUUAAUCUAAUCUUUUAAUUUAGAGUCCAAUAUUUUCUAUUGAUAAAAUAUUGUCAUUUAAGUUUUGGACCUAUUCAUUAUUCAUUAUACAACAUACUUGAUAAUGACUUAUUUGAUAAUGUAAGAUAUUAAUUGGCUUAUAAAUCUGUAUUGUUACCAUAUUUUUUGGGGAAUUUUUUUAAGUAUUUAAAUGUAAAGUCUUAAAAACAAUUAAAUCUUAUUGAAAUAAUUUGUUACAGAUAUUUUAAAUAUGCAUAUUUAAUUAUCAAAUACUCAAAUAGUAAAAGAAUGUUGUUGUUUUUUUUGUCAACUCGUUUAUAUUAUUGAUGCCCAGUGGACUAAACGUUUACAAGCAAUUUCAAGCCCAACAAAUAUUACAAUCAACCCAUAAGCCCAAAUGAAAGGAUAAUGAUGUUUGCAUGUGUGACACUUACUCCCUUUCGUGGGUCUGAUGCAUCGGGAAUCGGAAGACGAAGCUGUAGCCGGAAACCUACCGGAACAAAGAUCUCCCCCGCCGACUCGCUUGAUACUGCUUGUUCACUCUACUAUCCUUCAAAUCGCCAUCGAUCUUCAAGCGCUCAUCUCAAAUCGCUAGUAAAGGAAUGCUGGUUAUUUGAUUCACCAUAAUAAAUCUGAAAAUAAAUUUAAAUAUAAUCAAUUAAAUCAGCUAAGAAUUUAAAAUAUUGUUCUCCAAGUCAAAAGACUAUAUGACCGUUCAAUGAUGACUCUUUACAAACUCUUUACCAUAAAGUGUGAAUGAUCUCAAGAGACCAUACAAGCAAUAUGAGAUUCAAGUGGGUUUCUACCCCCUAAAACUUAAAAAAAUAAAUUAAUUUUAACGAUAAGAAAACUUACGUGAAUAUUUUUCAUGUUGUAUGCUAAUUUAACCUCAAUCACUUGCUUUCAGAAGCAAAUUUAAAAGUGAUUAUUGAACAAAUUAUAAAUUUAAGAUAAACAAAAUGAAUAACCAACUAAUUUACUGUCAUAUAUUUUUAUUUUUUUUACGACCAAAGGCUAUGAAACACUGUCAUAUAUUUAUAUACAUAAUUUUAUCGGUUUACUAAAAAAAAAAAUAAUAAUCCACGUUUCAACACAGAUGUAAUUAAGUUUAAGAUCGAGUGGUUUAAUUUUCAACCUAAUAUUCUUCGUUAGAAAGGAUUGUAUCAUGGGCUCGGUUGUAACGGCAACCAGGCUUGCCUCAACUCUAAUUUGGGCUGUGUGCUGAGUUCGUUCUUUUUCUUCAAAGCUUACUGGUAUAGUAAUUUAAGCACAAAUCCAAUGGUUGGAAGAAAAAUUGGAAGAGUAGAGAGUUUUGCUUUAGUAGACUAACUGUAUAUUAUAUUAUGAAUUAUAUUAAUAUAUUAUGGAUGUUAUAGAAUGAAUAUUCAAAUGUUUUGUUUGAAUAUUAUGAACGCCUACUUAUCGUCAAAUCUCUAUAAUAUUAUUUGAGAAGUCAGUUUCCUAUGUGUCGCUUUCACGUUGACUUUCACGAUGGUUGAUUACACUGAUACCCUUAAUGAAUUCAAAAUAUUACAUUUAAAAUACUAUUACUUAUUUUUAUAUUUCGUUUCCUUUUCAAAUUUUUCCAAAAAAACAUAUACAUAUAAUAAAAAAGGAAAUCUUUUAUAAAGUAAAAAAAAACGAAUUGAAAAACGAAAAUAGUAAUAUUACAUUUAAAAAAUAUUUUUAAAUGACAUAAAAUAUACUUUUGAAGUACUAAAAUACUUUCUUUAUAUCUAUAUUUUCUUAGAUGAAAAAUAUAAAUUUGUAUAUAAUGUGAUUUCAUUAAAAAAUUACACAGAUAAUCUUGAUAUUAGAAAAAAAAUUAAUGUAAUAGAAAUAUUUGCGUAUAUCUAUCAAUUUUCUUAGAUGAUUACAUAAAAUAAUUAAGAAACAUAAACUGAUAUAUGUUUAAUUGACUAAAAAUAGUUUAUAAUUAGUAUUAUUGAAAUGGUUUAUUUAUUUUUCAUACAUUUAAUUGACUAUAAUAUAUUUCAAUUACAACAAAAAAUAUCGAUAAAUUAUAUUUUACUUAUAUAAUAUUAUUUUCAAAUAAAAUCACAAUUUUGUUUACUGUUAUUUUUAAGAGAUAUUAAAAAACUAAAAAUAAAUUAAAAAUAAACAAUUAUGAAAUAAUUACAAAAUAGUUUAAUGAGGUAGAUAUAUUAUAUUUUAUCAUUAAUAAAGUUAUUUGUGUUCUAAAUAUGAAAUUUGCUUUUAAAUUUUAUGUUUAUAUGUUUGUGAAACUUAAUAGAACCAUAAUCAAAAUACCAAAGCAAAUCUGAAUUCUCAUUUUUAAGAUUAUUUAAAAUACAUUUCAGUUUUCAUUCAAUAAAUCAAAGGUACAAAGUUAUUUAAAAUUUAUAAAACAGUUUAAUUAUUGUAAGUAUUGAUAUGUGUUCAUGAGCUUCCAAAAAUGUAUCAGCUAUUUUUUAUCAACUUGUAUCAGCUACUUAUGCAUGUAACUUCCUAUUGAUCACACUUUCUUUUCUAACAUUUUUUAAUAAAAACAUCAACAUAUAAUUUGAUAAAUAUUAUGAAAAUGCAUGCGCAUUUAAACGAUAAAUAAGAUUGAUUUGAUUUGAUUUAAUUAUAAAAAAAAUUAUACUUCAUUGAACUUAUAUCUAAAAUCAUAGAUUUAAGUACAGUAAGAAUUUAUAAAUUUAUAAGAAUAGUAAUUUAUUUUAUAAAUAUAAAUCAUAGGACAACUUAAAACAUAUUAAAAUGAAAAUAAAAUAUUAACCAACCGUUACAAUUUAGUUUUUUUGUAAAAUUUAUAUAUAUGCAUGAGACUUCAGAAUAAUAUCGUUAUAUUAGUUUAUGUAAUUUAGAAUCAGACACUUUAGUUUAUUUUUUAUUUCAUUCCAAGCACACUGUAUCUUAAGUUAUACCUAAUAUUCAUAAAAUAUAUUUACAUAUCUAAGACAACAACCAGCUAAAU